AUGACUGGUUUUGUAAAAAUUGCGAUAGACGACAUCUACUCCGACAGCAAUUGGACCACGAUCAUCAAUAAAUACUGGCUGCUAGCAGAAAGAGUUUCAGAUCCGCGAGUGCAAGGAUGGUUUCUCUUCGACACACCGAUACCAACCCUCAUAAUGGUGCUUAUAUACCUCGGAUUCGUUCUGGUAGUCGGUCCCAUGUGGAUGGCGAACAGGAAACCUUUCAAAAUCAAAGGAGUUCUGGUUUCAUACAAUGCCGCUCAAGUCCUUCUAUCGAGUUAUAUGUUUUACGAGCACUUGAUGUCCGGAUGGUGGGCGGACUACAGUAUUUCUUGCCAGCCAGUGGACUACAGUAACAGUGAUAAGGCGAGACGAAUGCUUCACUUGUGUUGGGUUUACUAUUUCUCAAAGCUAUCAGAAUUCGCAGACACCGCUUUCUUCGUUUUGCGGAAAAAAAAGAGUCAAAUAACCUGGUUACAUCUCUACCACCACUCUUUAACUCCUUUCGAAGCGUGGAUGUUGGUUAAAUUUAUUGCUGGUGGCCACGGGACGUUCUCCAAUAUCGUAAACAAUCUUGUUCAUGUGAUAAUGUACGGGUACUAUAUGCUGGCUGCAAUGGGGCCCCAAUACCAGAAAUACUUGUGGUGGAAGAAGCACCUAACAACGAUGCAACUGGCCCAGUUCUUCAUGGUUUUGUUCCAUUCCAUAAGUGCCCUGGUCUACGAUUGUGGAUACCCGAAACUUAUUGCAUCCGGACUGAUCUUGCAUUCGUCCAUCUUCAUUCUACUCUUCAUGAACUUCUACAUGCACGCGUACAAACCAGAGAAACCAAAGCAACGGGUUGAUUCGUGUAACAAUAACACGAAUGGGUUCGUACCGAACGGUCACAUCAAAACCAUCGGUCAUGCUAACGGAGUCAGACAACAGGAUUUGAAUGGUGAAAUAGGUGCUAAGACUGAUAACGAUAAAGACCUAUUACAAUCAGCUAAUGGCAAAGCAACUGAAAUUAUUGGAGAAAUAGAUAACAGGUAUCCGAAACAAAAUGGAUUUGCCAACGGACACAUCCCAGUCAAAGAGAAACUACAGUAG